AUUCUUUUGUAGCGAGCCCCAGGAAAGAGUUGACGAGACGAAGUUGAGUGAUUUGUCAGACCAGUAUGCCAAGAUGGCAAAGGAUUUUGAUAAUCGUAGAGACACGUACCAACAGGAGCACAAUAAGGGAAGUGUGGAUGACUGGCAACGAGAGGUGGAGACUGAGCAGAGCAUGCGAUUGGUCGCUGACAUGCAGACUGCACCACUGCAUCGGGAGAUCAGGGCUGUCGCUCAGAAGGUUGAUCUGUUCAUCACGGGUGGAGCUGGUGGCGUGGAUAGAGGUCGACCAAUGGAUGCUGUCGGUUCCUCACUGGCAACGGAGAUAUCUCACAUCAAAACAACAGAGUCCAACAUUCUACACCAGCUGGCUGACCUAAGGGCUGCAAUGGACCGUACAGUGCUUGAAGGCGGUAAGGCGACCCUCUCUGAGCAGCUGCAGCCGGUGUACGAGACCAAGGCGAUGGUGUCGGCCCAGGCACAGAGCAUAGAGAGUGUGCUCACUGAGUUGAAGACUCGAUCUUGCCGCUAACAAGUGCCCCACUUCUAGUGAGACGUCAGCUUGUCUAACACCGUGGUUGUUUGUGGUUGUCAUGGCGAUGCAGCUGAUAGUGAUGCUCGGCUACUCCAUUUAUAGACAAGCUCAUAAAAAAAAUUCAAAGAAAUUUUUCUAGUGACUAAUAGACCAAUCACAUGAGGCAAUGAAUCAUUAGCUAUAGUAGGCGUCUUUCUCAUUACAUGA